UGAACCAUCCCUAUAGAAUUAGACAUUCACCGGGAAGCGCAACAAUGGUCUUGAAUUGAAAUGUUAUUAUUUUUUCCGAAAUUUUCCGGAAAAUCACUGCUGGAAAAUGUUGUUCCGCUCAGCAAAAAGCAAGUUCGACGCUGGCGACGUGAUGCGUCGGAUGAAGCGACUGGCGGAGGGCACCAUGUCUUCGUACCGCCGACUGUUCCUCCUGCUCCUCUGCGUCUGUGUGGUUUUCUAUAUGAUUCCGCCGAUAUUUCGCUAUAUCUUCCUUAGUGCCCCCGAAAAAAAGGAUCCUCAUAGCAUGUGUAUGGACGAUCGGCUGACGCCCUUCAUACUACAGAACUUUGAGUUCGAUGCCAAUAUUCGUCACGUGUCACCAGCAAAAUUGCCGGGCGAGCGCGAUUUCACGCCCUAUGUUGGCAACGGCUAUCUGGGUCUGGAGAUCGCCCAUGACGCCUUUCUUAACAUUAAACAUGGCAGGGCUAUGCAACUCCCCAUUCGCUUCCAGCCGUUGGUUUCUAUUUCCGGAGGAUCUGGUGGCGAAAAAGAGGCCACCGUUGUCGAGUAUCUAACGGGUAUGGUUCACCGAUUCCAGUGCUUCGCGGGAUACUUUGCUUCCUACACCUACUACGCUCAUCGCACUCAGCCGAAUAUAUUCAUGCAGGAGCUGCAGAUCACAAAUACCAGGAAUCUGGUCGAGGACAUCGAGCUAAUUAUGCCACGCGUCAGCCUGCCGAAGCUCACCAGGCGAACCGUGACCCUCAGUGAAUCCGUUUCGGUGGGUGUGUUUACCUACAACGAACUGGAGGUAAUCACGGCCACGGUGCAGCCCAACCCAGAAACUCCCACUAAAUCCAUUGUGAUAAGCAUAGUGAAGCCGCAAAUGGAUUCCAAAUUGCAGCUGAGGAAGCGGGGCACAGUUCGUAUUGUGUAUCCCAUUGCAGUGCAAUAUUCUAAACCAGUGCCGGAGGCUCAAGUAAAGGGUAUAAGCGAUACCACUGAGCAGCAAGCCACACAGGCGAUGACCAAGCUCCUGCAGAAACUCGGUUCCUCAAAUCCGGGUUCCCUGAAUAGCAUUAACACCUAUCGGCAAGAGCACAUUGAUGUGUGGACGGAUCUGUGGGCCACUGGCUUUACGAUAAGCACCUCGAAGGCGGAGAACAGCUUGAACGGUGAUCGCAUCAAUGCCACCAUGUAUGCAGUUCUCUCCCAGGUGCGCAGCUUUGAAUUUGAGGAGACUGGUAGCUCCAAGAAGGAGGACAUUGCUAAAGCACUCACCUACGCCGAGGGCUGCUAUGAUUCGUAUCACACUCUGCAGGCGGAGAACCUCUGGCGCGAAAUGUCCAAUUUGCAGCAGCUCAAUUCGCUGGUAACUUCCUGGAUGCUCACUUUGGAAAAGCAGGGCUGCCACAAUCUUAUCCGAGCUGGAGCCUCGGGCGUAAUUCAAGGCAUGGUCUUGAGCUUUGGCAGUUUUCGUUUUAGCAAUCAGCACCUGGAGUGCAAUAUCCAUCCAAAAUUCCUGCACAGAGACUUUCACUUCCGGCGCCUCAACUACGGUAACAAGACCCAUGUCAAUGUCACCAUCAUUGUGAAAGAAGACAACAAGGCAGUAAUCAAUGUGGCGCUGGAUCGUUCGGACAGGAGCUACUACGCCUGCGAUGGCGGCUGCCUGGAUGAGCCCGUGUUGCUAACACAAAACCGACGACAAUUCCCAGUUAAACUGACUGAGCCUUCAACAGCAAUAUUAUACAUAACCGAGGACAAGCAGCACAUGGAAGAGCUGCACCAUGCCAUCCAUGUCAAAGAAGUAGUCGAAGCUCCUGCCCACGAGCAGCAUCUGAUCGCUCUGCAUCGGCAUGGCCACCAACUGGGUGGACUGCCCACGCUUUUCUGGGUAUCCGUGUGUGCAAUAAUCAUAGUAUUUCACAUUUUCCUGUGCAAGCUCAUUAUCAAGGAGUACUGCGAACCGAGCGAUAAGUUAAGAUAUCGUUAUAACAAACCGUGAUCCUAGUUGUAUAUAAAAUUGGAUGCUAGUAAAAUAUGAAUAUCAAAAUAAAAAUUAACAGCUUUUUUACCAUUGUUAGUAA